UGUUAUCCGCGGGGUCCGGGGCACCGCUUGGCCGCCGAUGCGAACGCGUACGAGUUCAGUUUCACGCUCGAGCCGAUCGAGUUUUUGGGGGACCUCCUCUCGCCCCGGGACCUUGACGAGAACGAGGGUUUCAACCUGUGCAGUUUUGGAUGCAUCGAUUCUUUCUCUGGGGGGCCGGCGACGCACCAGUCGGCCUCUGUUUUGAUCGAGUACGAGUCCAGUUUCACGCUCGAGACGCUCGAGUUCUUAGACGCGAACCUCUCCCCGCCCAUCGGCUGGGCCGGGCACGAGGACUUCGACACGCAUGACUCUUGGGACCUGCCGCCGGGUCGCGCUGACCCGCUCUACGGAGGUGGCGGCAAAGGCGGCAGCAGGACCUCGCAGCGGGCCCGGGCCGACAAGUCCCAGAUUCAGGACCAGCUCAUCGCCCUCGCGACGGCCGUCGCCGAGCUGCAGCGGGCACAGACGGGCGCCCGCACCACGCCGAAGGCUGGUCGUGCCGAGGCGCGGCCCACAAAGCCCACCGCCACGCGGCCUAGGCGCCAGAAGCGGCAGCGGGAGGACAUCCCGAUCGUCGCCAAGCUGCGUUCCCUGCUGUCUGUCGUGGACGGCGGCAUGAACCUCACGCAGACCCACGUCAUCUCCAAGCUCCGGGAGGUGAUCUCCACCUUCACUCCGGGAGCAUCGCCCUCGGCGCGGGGCGCGCCCGAGGAUCCCUGGGGACGGGCCAAGAACGCCACUUCCAGCGCGGUCCGGGCCUCCCUGGAGCAAUCCACCGAGCCCCCGGCGAUCCUGGCGGCCACCCGCGCGGAGCACGAGCAGCGCGAGCGCGCGAGGAAGGCCCCCGGGAACCACCAGAACAUCACCUACGUCGUCUUGGACAGCAACGGCCCCGACUCGGUCCUCCUCGAGGGCCAGCGCGGCCCCCGCCCCGCCAAGGCCAACAUCACCUACCUCAGCGAGUCCGCGCCGAAGUGCGCUGGGCCCCACGCGGCUAUGAAGGAUGACGAGCCCGUCCAGGCCACCAAGUUGAAGCUGGCAAAUUUUCGGACCACGAUCUCCGAGGAGUUCGCCGACGAGACCCUCUUCCACGUCGCCUCUGCAGAGCCGCAGACCACCCCCGCCCUUGUCCUCGGGAACGUCCUCGCGGAGCGCGUGCUGCGCACCCGCGGUGCCAUCGCCUACGACGCGGAGAUCACAUGCAUCGUCUCAACGACCGAGGCCAACGCUGCCGUUUUCUGGGCAGCAGCCCCACCGAGAGGUACCUUCACCAUGCAGCAGGACGCCCCCAUCGCCCAGCGCUGGCUUUCCUGGAGGGCCGACGAGGAGGACGAGGAAAGCACCCGCAAGCACUACGACCGUGUCUGCCAGCUUGCGCAGCAGCGGCAGGGCCACAUGUUGCACCGCCCGCACGGCAAAGCCCAACUUGGAGUCGCUGGCGCCGCUGGGGUACAUCCUGGAGAGGCUGAUGCCAUCAAAUGGCAUGUGCGUAACGCACCCGCGCACAUGGUCACUGCCCAAGAAUUCACCGCCUGGGCCACGGAGUGCGGCCUCCAGAACGUCGCCGACGCAGCCAGAGCAGGCGCCCGCGCGUGGACCUUCUUCGGGGGCACGCCAGCAGGCGUCGCGGCCACAGUCCACACCUCCAAGUCCGGGGCC